AUGCUGGGGAGACUGAUCCAGGGCUAUGCCAGAGGUGGCCAGCUUGAGAGUGCCACGGAAGAAACACACACCCGCAGUCUCCUUUGGCCGGAAUCGCAUGCGGAGGGACGUGUCAGCUCUCUAUCACCACCCAGUACUCCAUAUGGCUCUCCUACGACCCGUGUCUCACCUUUUGACGAUCGAAUUGGGUUGGAAUUGAACGAGUCCAAAGACUUGAGGCUCAUUGUUGCCCAGGAUGCCUUCGGAACCAACGACCGUCCCUUACUGCUCUAUGACACCCACUUUGUGGAGUCAAAGGAGCCCAACUUGGGUCAACGCGCCCCUGUCCCCUCCCCUGCUGCUGCUGGAGCACCUCAGCGUGUAGGCUCUGGGAUUCCUAUUUUAGGACAUGCGAGGAAUCGAAGCUCUACCAUUUCAGGAGCUUCGGCAUCGUGGGCGCGCCCUCACAAGGAGUCGGAACCGACGGACCACCUAGGAAAUGUGCUAGACUGUAUGUUUGGCGUCAGCAGUGCUGCCAAAUCCGGAUCCAGCACAAAAUUGCACUUCCUCCCAGGCGAUCGAAGUCCUGCUAGCGACCUAAGUUCGCGUGCACCAACCUCAAAUCUGUCUGGCACAGCGCCUUCUCGUGCUCCGCUCCUGAGAGCGAGGACAGCUACGACUACCGCUAACAAUCAGAGUCAAAACAAUCCUUCCAGAGAAUCUGACCCCGAACCACGGGACGCCGUUCUGAUCACUCGCAUGUUUUCGGUUACGCUUCCUGAGGCUCAAGAUGAUUUGAGGCAGCGACGAAGGUCUUCCGCCGAUCCCACCACCUCAAUUAGCCCGCUGUCGCAUGGGCCUGAGAAUCAGAUGGGUUGCUCCCUCCACAGCAAGAAACCCAAACUCGUAGAGAAAAAGACUCCUGUCUUUGCAAUCGGCUUGCUUUUCUACCUGCCUCGCCCUGGUGACGUGCGUUCCAACACGUCGUCGGCGCGCCCUUCAUCAAGAGCCUCAUUUACGCCGUCGUCGACCCCGAAUUCCUAUGGAUCGGACUCCUUUUCGUCCUGGACAAUCCUGAACGCAAUUCCCGAGUAUUUGUGGUCUAGCGACAACUCCAGCCAGCUAACUGACCGUGGCAUUGAUAUUAUUGUGGGAAACUGGGAAGUUAUUCUGAGGAGCCUUGCAGUUGUUGAGACGCUAGCACGGUCCGAGAUUGGCGAGCUUUUGCAGGAGGUGAAUCUGGCGCUGAUCACCUCCGCAGCAAAGGCACCAAAAGGCCCUUCAGAACAACGUACCAAUCAGCGCAAUGUCUAUCUUCGGUCUCCAAACAGACUGGCGCAGGUGGCCGAGCUGCAACGCGCCGCCAGGCAUACUCUAUGGAGAGUGUCAUAUGCGCUGCGCAUUCCGCGGGUGUACACGGGCCUUGGACUUGAUAACGGGGGUCACUGGCUUGACGAAGCACGCUAUCUUGUGCGACUCUGCGGAAAUAAACAGCAAAACUUUUUUCUUUUCAACCUCUUGACUGCAUUUCUUGGAAACCAUACUGAAUGGCUCGAAAGGCUAGGACCAGACUGGUAUCGAAGACAGCUCAGAGUUUUGAACAAGGGGAGGCCUCGACCCACUAACGUGGCUUCUCGAACAGUCAUAGUCUGCGAGAACCGAUCAAUGGCUCGCCGCAUCAUUUUUCUGCUGGCAUCAUUUCUGCCCCGGAAUGCAAUCACGAAGCUCCCCUCUGAGGUCAUGUCUCCGCUACUCACGCCUGAUAUCAGCUCCUCUUCGCCUAUCCAUAGGAUCAUCCAUGAAGAUUCCCUACGUCGCCAUGCUCACAAUAAGUCGCGAGAUGGAACCGUCACAUUCUAUCGCCGCGAUGGUGCUGGGUUGUCCAGCAGUGUCUCUUCGUCUGAGAGCGCCAGUGGUAUAGCUAGAGCCUUCCGCAGAAGUUCUCGGUCGCGAAUCUCCAACGCUGAGCUUACCCUGGGCAUGAGACAGGUCUCCGUCUUUUCACCGGGAGAUAAUGGUGGUAGUUUCCACAAGACCAAUCCAACUAGCUCGACAGCUACGCCAGGGCUGGGCACACCCGUGCCACACUUUGCGACAAAGGCUGUUGACAGCUACUUUCCUGAAGGCGCCGUCGUGGAUAGCGAAGAGACUGGAGCUAGCGCUGAUCUUGCUCGAAUCUUGAGACGCGACAGCGUGAGUCAAUCACAGUCCCAUCAAUCGAGUAUGAACUGGGGAUCGUUGAUCAGCAACGUAUCUGGACUAUGGAACAAGAGGCAGGACUCGACCGCCUCAACAAGUGAGAUCACGAGUUCGUUUGACACUGGAAGCCUGAGUGAUCGCCGCCGAUUCGCCCCUAAGUCUGUGCAGAUUCAUGGGAGACAGCCAAGUCGGUUGGAAGCAAUGGUUGACGAAGCCGGUCGGCUUCGAAAGAGUAAGCUAGGUCAAGAGGAAGAUUCCACAAGCUUGUAUCGACCAUCGACGCUCCCGAGUGAGGCGCAUCCCCCCCGGCUAACAGUCGAUGAGAGGGAUGGAGUUGUUGAUGUGGACAUCAAUAUUCCUGGGUUUAUCGGUUGGAACGAGGGGAAAGGCGCCUCUCCCCCUUCAUGGAUACAUCAUCGAUCCCCUUCUUUUGCGAGUGUGGACGAAGCGGGCUCAAUGUACAGCACACAUUCGCGUCACGCCGAUGUGACAGGCUGCAAAUCUCCAAACGUUGCCGGUUACCUCAAACGGUUUCAUGAAGACUUCAUACUACAGGGAGUCAAGCCGUACACUGAGCUUCAAGACGAAAUCAGGAGAAGCAUGUCAAGAGAACCAACUCCUUCUGAUGAUAUGUCUCGAUUGCCUGCAGACACAGAAAACAAUGGAGAACAAUGGGUUACUGUUUGCACAACACUACUUGCUGACCUACGGAACUUCAGCAUUCAGCGUCUGACCCUGAGACGACUGACACAACGAGGUACCGCCGGCGAUACUGGUACAGGUGCUCCGAGCCAGUCCGGAUCAGACAAUGUCCCACAUGGUUCCGGAGCAUCAUCCAGCGCCGAGCUAGGAUCGCCAGCGACUCAGCUGGAGCAGUUUGACAGCGAAAUAGUCAUGGACUUUGAUACAACACUUACUGAUGCAAUCGAACGUGUUCUAAACGAGACAGAGCCGGGAAGACAGAAGUCAGGCGCUCCAACCAGGACACAUUCUCGGACUGUGUCUACCGCGACGACGUCUUCGGUGAGGUCGCUGCCCUUGGAAAUAUCGGGCUCCGGCAAGGCGAGAGACUGGCGUCGCCCAACCACGUUGUCCCAAUCAGAUUGCCGACAAGUAGUAGUUGGCGCUCUCGAGGAAGUCGUGAAAAGUGUCAAUGACGAUUUGACCAGGCAUAACAGAAGCCGAGAUGCCGAUGGACAUAUCAAGAUGAAUGAUGAUGCCUUGAAUCAAGAAAUGAAGCAAGAUAAUGUAUUACUGCAUCGAAGGACCAGCAGCGGCUCGACCGUCCGAGCCACUGGGACAUCACAAACAGGCUUAGCCUCCGGCUACCAGAAUAGCCUAAACACCGUGUCAGUUCGCGCAUCGCUCUGGAUCCAUGACGAUGCAUUCUCAUCCGAGGACGUUCUCAUCAACGAAGCCAUUCUAGCAGGCUCAGACAUCCACGAAGGUGGCUUAAUCAAAAUCUUCCCGGUUACUGAGGGCUCAGAUGUCCGGGAUUUUCAGUCGCCCAACAAUGAACGAGUCGACUCCAGGCGCAACACUGGCUCUUUAAACGAGACUAGCGACAUAUCUGGCAGGGACGACUACUACCUUUGUAUAACCAAGUUCGCGUCCGCCGAGUUCAAGGCAAAGCAGGCCAACCUACAAGUCUCGAUCAAGAGUAAUAUUGCGACAGCUUUCGGAUUUAGACCACGCUCAUAUGUCCGCAUAUUUCCCGCGUCUUUUGAGGAUUCUACGGCAUCCCAUGUGGAAUUCAGCUUCAGGGAUACGUAUCUAGCCAGAUCGGACAUGUGGCGGUUGGUUGGACAAGAGUUGGCAGGGACAACCGUUUAUGUCGGGCAAAAGAUUACCUACUUGGGGAGCAUCAAGCUCACAGUUAAGUCUAUCCAUGUCCGGAAUCACAAAGUGCCUACUGCUUUCUUCGCCGGCACCACAAUCCCAGUCUUCCGCAGUGAGGCGGCACGGUACGUGCUCUUUAUUCAAAUGUCCAGCGAAAUGUGGGACUUUGAUUCCGAGGGAAACGGUGAGAUCAUGUUCAACCGGGUCAUCAAUGGCUUCCUACCCGAGCUUUUCAAGAGAUGGACCGACCUAGACGUUCGGCACCUAGUCAGCAUUGUUCUUUUCGGCCGUCUGGAAUACGACCGCUUCGAACUCGCGCGGAACAAGGAUCGGAGGCUAGAAACAGCACCAAUCUCAGGAUCACCCAACAUGACCGCUCGCCAGUAUCAGGACUUCUAUAGGGUGGUCGUCACCGACAUGGCCAGUGCGCAAUGGACAACAAUUUUGGACGAACUGAAGAAGGAUUUUCGUGUGUUUUUGAGAGACAUCUCUCUACACACAUCGAACACUAAGGAAAUUAUACCAGAAGAUGCCAAAGCACCGCCAACGCGCAUUGCUGGCAGACCCAGCGCCGCGCUCAAGGGCAACAUAUUGGAAGCCAUCAAUAUUGCCAGCAGCCAGUUUGCUCAUGAUUUUGAGGACCGGGAUCUGAUUCGGACCGGUGUUUCAAUCGUGGUAGUCACAGCAGGAACCGGCGUUUUCGAAGUUCACCGAGAUCUGUUGAACCUGACCUCGCAGAAUCUUACGAACAACGGUGUUGGGAUUGAUAUUGUUUGUCUUUCCAGGAUGCCAUUACACUCGGUGCCUCUAUUCAAAUAUCGGACUUCUGGAAUGGAGGAGUCAUCUCUGUCCUCGGUCGUUGAAGAAGUCACCGUUCCUGAGCACAGGUACGGAUCUGGUCCAAGCUUUUUCGAUUCCAGCCAGCCUCGCAAGCUCUCCCCGGCACUGUCAUCUGCGGCCACAAACAGCACACAGUACUUUGCAAGCUUUAUUUCAGGCCGGAGCGAAAGUGCGCAAGGGUGGAGCUACGGCAUUCCUCAGUGGGUUGACCUCUCGUACUGGUCUGCCGAGGGCGAGUCAGCAGAGAUCAAAUUUCUGGAGGAUGCCGCCAAGGAUGUAGAUGGGACCUCAAAACGCAAAAAAGGACCUUUCUUACCCCGUGUGAGGAUGUACGAGAUCCAAAUGAUGGGGCUUAUGGAGUUAGGCAUGGCAGACAUGACUAUCCCAUUCAUGGCAGAAACGCAACUAUCACUCACGCGUUCGCACAAGCGUGCUGGCUCAAAACGCAGACGAGCAACUGGCAGCAGGAGUCUGUCGCAUUCACCCACGCUAUCACGCAAGAGCCGCCUCGGCCCGGAGCCCACGCGAAUAUCCCAGGGGUUGCUGUCAUUAAAUGCCAAAGCACUCGGAGACAUAUUCGACCGCAUGGAUGCAUAUGACUCGCAACUGUUUCAAAUACAUUCGACCACAGAGACCAAAUCAAAAGCCGCAAAGAUGACAAGUAGCUUGGUGAGGACCGAUACGGCCUCCUCGACCAAGCCAAAGAAGCCCCAACCAGAAGAAGCACCAAAAUCGGGAUCCGGAUUGACAAAGGUAUUGACCAACAGAUCAUUGAAUUCGCCUUUCCGACCACAGCUCCCGUCCCUCGUCUCUGCAGAUGCUUCAAGCCCUCCGUUAACAACUAAGAAGGCCCGAGAAAUAUCCAAGGUCAACCGGACGCUGAACUAUGCUUUGAGAGGCCUGGCUCCACCUGUCCGUGCAAUUGCCAGUACCGAAGUAAACAUUACCAACGUAGAGGCGCAUUCGCCGUUUGGUAAUCUUGGCCACUCAAGGCCGAGUGUAGCGACAUCAGCUGCUAGCAUACGCUCCGUGUCCACGAACAGUGUGCUAGGGGAGAAGCCUAAAGAGACCCCGGCUUCCGUGGAAAGAUCCAACUCUCAAAUGUCCGCGCGACCAGAUGAUACACCGUCAAAGCCCAUCUCUAUUAAUACUCCGUUGCGAAAGAUUCAGGACGAUCUCCUCUCUGAAUCACAGAGAUCAAGUUCAACCACCCGCCGAGUUCCAAACCAUAUGGCUGCUUCAAAAGAUGAUCUCGGUUAUAGCAAAGAGGCAGACAGUGAAUCUUCACGCUCUUCAGGAAGCGAAGGAGCAGACGACUCGGACAGCGUGGAGCCGGCUGAGAGCCCGUUGGGGACAUCGAUCGCCAGCUCGGUCCCAAGAAGUACUCUCCCCUACGUACGCAAUGUCAACGCGUCAAAUCCCUUGAAGCGCCACCCCGAAAGGGAGUCGUUCUUCGGCAGAUGGCAGCAUCUUUAUCCUCGGAAACCACGUGCCGCCACCGUCAAGUGGAAAUCUCUGUGCACUCCUGCGUCGGUGCCUCUGACGACCGAGGAUUUUCCAACCAAGGAUGAACUCGAAAUGGAUUAUGACACGGAAAAUUACCAUGUCAUUCUGGCUAAUCCGAACGAGAUGCUUGAAGAGCCCGAGUCGCGCGACAUCCUCCUCGGGGAGAUGUUGGCCCUCAGAUUUAGUCAUGGGUACCAGCUCGUAGUUGGUCCGUCACUGCUCGAGUCUGUUGGUCCCGGGACGUGCGACACGUCGUCGUUCUUCACACCGAAUCUUGUGCGGCCUGACGGGUCCUUUAUUGUCAUGUCAAUGGGAAACACGAUACAGAAGCUGUCUCUUGAGGUGAAAAAUCGCAUUCAAGUGACGAGGUAUAUUCGGAGACCACCAAGUGUCCAGCCUCCAUAUCCUCAGGAGAUUUCCUAUUAUCCCAACAUAAGGACCAUUCUCUCCGAGGCAUACAAAAUAAGAGAUAUGCGGUUCAACGGGUUUUCCGAGCAGUACCCCUGGGAAGCGGCGGACAGAUACCUGGCUGACUUUAGAAAGCAAAACGAUGUCGAUGUCAAGGCUCUCCGUUUCUGGCGAGCAAGAUUUGUGCUCAUUCCGGUGGCGCCACCAGUCAACUCCUGGAGACCCACGCUAUCAGAAGCUGAAGAAAGCGAAGAAGAGAUUCAUUUGCGCGGAAUCCGAGCGUUGACGCAGAUGUGGCAAAAGGCACGAUAUGUGCCGCCAGACGAGAGAAGACCUGCUCAUAUCCGGUCAACCACUACGAAAGGAAAGGAUAGAAACCCGCUCAGGAUCAAUCUCGAAACCCUCAAUCCAUCGGAGCUCGUAGCGACGGAGCUCGAUAAGCUGAUCGCCGCUGAAGAGGCCGGCGAGGUACAAACGACACAACUUCUGCCCGAAGCUGAACAGUUUGAGAGGGACUCCUUCAGCCUUCCUAAGCUAGCCCAAGCCCUACAAGGCGAAAAUGGGAUUGAGAUCAAGACUCGACGCUGGCACUUGCGUCUUUACUACAGUUGCUUCAUGGGUGAAGACUUGACAAACUGGCUAGUCCAUAACUUUCGGGAUAUUGACACUCGAGAAGAGGCCGUUGAGCUGGGCAAUGAUCUUAUGAAGGAGAAUCUUUUCGAGCACGUCAACAGCAAGCACAACUUCAAAGACGGCAACUAUUUUUAUUCCAUCAAGCCCGAGUUUCGCAUCCAGCGUAUGGAAGCGAGGCAAUCAUGGUUUCCUGCAAGCCGACGCUCAGAUCGAUCGAUUCCGCCCACGCCUGCGACCGAGCAUCCAACCCGGGAGUUGAUCAGUGGCAGGUCACGAUCAGGUUCGAAUCUCGCCAACCACGGACAAGUUGCCUCUGAGCUGGCCAAGACGCUGGGAGACAAGAAAAGACGAACUGUGACUCUGAGCAAGAUGAUCCGAAUCGACGUGGAUACGAGGAAGCGAUCCAACAGACCCGAAAUAAUCAACUUACAUUAUGACAGACUUCACAACCCGGAGAACUGCUAUCAUCUCGAGUUGGCUUGGUUCAAUGUCACGUCCAAGUUGGUCGACGACGCCAUUGUGAGCUGGUCUACACAAGCGGAGAAGUACGGAUUGAAGCUUGUCGAAGUCCCCAUUGCAGAAGCGUUCAAGGUCCCUGAGCAUGAACCUUUUCGUGCCGCCUACCGCAUCAAACUUGCUCUCCAGCCUCCACGCCGCAGCGUGGUGAGCACCCUGUACUUUACGGCAGUGUCAUUCGGGCCGCAAGCACCCCUGACCCCUGACAUAAACUUCUACCAGAAAGCGAUACUCAAGCGCUUCAACUUCGUCCUCGACCUCGAAGCGCCCUCGGAGUUUCCAGAGAAUGUCGAGAUCAAGUACUCCUGGGGAGACCUGGAUUAUCGCUACACGCAAUUCGUCCACCGCUCCGGAGUCGUCCUCGCGCAGAUCACUGAUGAAGGUGACAUCCUACUCCUAGCAAACAGGCUGUAUAAUUCUCGUCAAGCGUCGGCAAAAGACUCGUCGUCAAGGUUCGACGCCGGCAAGAAAGAUCUUACACCCAAUGCCUCGAGCACCAUGCUCCUGCGUCCUCAGACCCUCUCUUCGACCCAUUCUGCACCGAGUAUCGCAGCAUCUGGAAUCAUCGGAUUGAAUGUACAAUCACCUCACGCCGGGCCCUAUGCAUCACCACUUAUUCGGCCUCUUUCAUCGACUCCUGCCGCUCCCAGCCAUAUGGGCGUAGAGACCACGGCGCCAAAUGCCAACACAUCCAUAUCGACCGCUGUCCCCCCUCCGCCCAUGACACCAAAGGUGACGGCCGACGUCCUGGGCACGCGCCGAGCGCUCAUCGCCUCGGGAUUCUCGCACUUUGUCACGCCCGAACAGAUCAAAGACGAUCUCGAAGCCUUUUGCGCCGACAGGGAGCGUUUGGACACCUUCUACAAGGAGGUCACGGCGACGUUACCCGCCCAGCAUGCCGCUAUGAGAGAGCGCGAGCGCGACCGAGAACACGAGAGGUACGGUGGAAACGGGCCACUGGGCGCAAAGGAUCGGGGAUACAGGACCGCGGGGACGGGUUCGAGCUUGCUCAGGCCCAUCAGGGAGCCCGAGUCGGAGACGGGCAUCCCCGAAUUCAGACUUCCGGACCCGUUGAACAUGGGUUUUAGGAAGAAGGAUGUGUCUGUUGUUGUAUCUGGAUCCGCACCUGGGUCUGGGUCUGGUACUGGUACUGGCACUGGCACCGGCGCUGGCGGGACGACGAACCCUCGAGACUCGACAUCCUCGUUACUCUCGCCAUGA